AUGACUGAAAACAUCGAAGCGGUUAUGUCGGAUUUUUGGUCAAAUCCGGCGGAUCACUUCCGCCCAAACCUGAAGGCCCUCACACUUUACGCUGAACGUCAGCAUUACGUCGACCGGUGGUUGCAUGUGAAGGAGCGGUGGCUCGCGCCGUGGUAUUUGCCGUGGUGGUCACCACUUUUUCAAUUAGGCACGUGGUAUUCGCAGCGCUCGCGGAAUUUGUUCCUCGUGGAGAAUCAUCUCAGUUAUCGUCCCUAUAAGUUCCGUCGUAAUGAUGAGGACCGCAACAAUCCGUAUUAA